AUGGGCGACUCUACUUUUAAACCAAAAAUCAGCCGUACAGCUCAAGACCCAGUGCUGAAGGAGGCCGAGAAAGCUUAUAUGAAGCUGAUUGAGGAAAAAAACCGUGAACGUGUUCAAAAGCUAAACAUAAUUUCCAAAAGAAAUAGAAUAACUGGUUUGGCUAUCGGUACCGGAGUUCUCGGCAUUUAUCUGUACUCUAUUUUCGCUGUCAAGCAAGAAACGUUUUUGGACGAUUUCAACGAGCCUGUAAAAGUGCAGCAACCUUAA